AGGUGGAGCAUUGGUUGCGAUUGUCGGACUUCUACCACUUUCCAGGAGUUCAGGUGUUCCAUGGCCUCGCCUCCAUCGUCUCCAAGCUGACGCCGGAAAAUUUAGAUGCUGCACGUGUUGAGAUGCAGAAACACUUCAAGGUCCAGACCAGCAUUGCUUUGUCCAUCUUCCGUGUCCUUGUCUCCGCGGGAGCGCGGGAGUUGGAGACCGCGGCAGGGCAAAACAGAAGACGCCGUUCCAGAGGUGAUCAACCGAUACAUCAGGUGCCGUUCGUCUCAUGCGUGGUCCCUGCUGUGGGGCAACUCACUGCAUGGAAACUGCGCUUCCGCGAUGGGCCCCGGAGCGUUGUUGAAAUCCAACGACGCCGUAGCAGUGCAGGUUUGGCGUCCCAUCGCCGUGGGCUGGCAGAAAGGUAUGUCCUACACCUUCCGUUUGGUGGGUGAGCACCUGACAAAGCCACGGGUGACGAGGAAUCGCCCUUCGAGUGUCUGGAGGUUCGUGGUGCCCGAGGCCCAGCGCUUUCUGGUGCGACCGGGAGACCGUUUGGCCUUUGCAUUUCGGCCUGAGCAGCGCUGGUGGAGACUGGCACAGUUGGGGGAGCUCAGCAGCUGCAGUGGUGUGAAGUCUGCUGGAAGAAGGACCUUUAAGAAACAUGGUAGCACUAUGUCGGAUUCGACAGCCAUGCAUGGUGCAGCGGCGUUUGGCCGUUUCGCGCUUUCAGCUGCAGCUGCAGUGCGCAGUGAACGAGCCAAGACUGUCAAGUUGGCCAGCGAUGCCUUGGCGCAGUUCCAACGGAGCCGCUCCGCCCUUCGCCUGGCCCUGCCGCUGCUGCGCCUUUCGCCCUUCGCCUGCGCCUUCGCCGCGCAGAGCCUGGCGCAGCGCGCGCGGCUGGCGGCGCCCGAGGAUGCCACAGAGUGGCCACAGGUGGUCCCCCACAUUCUCGAGCUGCUUGCCGAGCCACAUCUCCCACGCCCCGCGCUACGGCAGCUCUGCGUGGCUCUGGCGCGAAGCUGCGUGGCACUCUGUGACGAGUGGCCGGACGCGGUGCCACAGGCGCUGGCACAGCUGGGAGCCGCGGAGCAGCUGACGCCGCUGCUGGAAUUUCUGCAGGCUUUGGCGGAAGAACCCUUCAGCCGGCGCCUGUUGGUGGAUGGCUCUCGGAGGUCUCGCUUCCUCCUAGCGCUGCAACGCCGUGAGCCUGAGAUCUUCGCAGCACUGAACCAGGCCCUUCAGCAACGCUGCAGCAGUGGCACCUUGGACUGCGCCGCCGCCUGGUUACGCGCGCAGGGGCUCUAUGAGGAGUGGCUUCCCAUGAUCGGCCUUGGCGCGCAGAGCGUUGCCGAACUGCAUCCUGGCCUGGUCGCCUUGGCGCCGGCCCUGAACCAGGUGCCUCAACUGGCGAAGCGCCUGAGUUUGCCCAGCUUGACGCAGUUCUUUGAGGCGCUGCUGCCGCUGGCAACGCACCCGGAGGCUGCUAGGAUCGUGGCUCCUUUCCUGGCGACGCUGCAUGAAUUGACGUCCCAGGUGGCAGGCGACGAAGAGUCCCUGGGCGCCUUGCUGACCGCCUUCCACGCUGCCGUCGCCACACCUAGCGUCGCUCUGUCCUCGGCGCAGCUGCAGCCUGUGACGAUCGAUCUGGGUGUGAAGUUGAUGAUGGCCACGAGUCCCAGAAGCACUUUGGAGGUGGACCUGGAGGGCGGCUUGUUGGGUCGUUGCUUCGACGUCUGGGAGGCGCUGGCGCAAAGCAGCGCCGCGGAGCGAGGCUUUGAGGUGCUGCUGCAGGUGCUGCCAGAGGCCCUGAUGCUCCCGGAUCAGCUGCAGCAUCCGCCAUCCACGGCCUCCAGUAGCGUGCGCGGUCGCAUGGCGCAGCUGUUGACCGUGUGGUGCGCUGAGGAGAACGGACGGCGGCUGAGCCAAGUGAUGCAGCGUUUGGGCGCCGUGGAACGCGCCGUUCCACGCGGCAACGGCGCCUGGGCACCGCUGGAGCUGCUGCUGAGCUUCGCGGCGGCCGCAGCGGAGGCCUACAGCGCAACCUGCGGGGAGGAGAUCUUGGCGUUGCCGGAGGAGUUGGGAAGGGUCUUCAUGCUGGCACCGAAAGUACUGACCUUAGGAGCUCCAGCCGUUUGGCAAGCGGCCCUCGAGAGCGCUGCCGCUGAGCUGCUGACGGCCAUGGAUCCCUGGAUCACUGUGGAGCGCUGCGGCGAUGGUGACGCCCUGCUCUCCUGCGCCUUCAGCCUUUGCUCGUCGCCCUACGGCGGCUCCGCCGCCGUGGAGGCGCUCUGCGUGGCGGUGUCCAACCUGAGCAGUGCACUGGCGACCUCGAGGGCGGAGCAGUGCUAUCAGCGGCUCAAGGAGCUGAUCUUGGGCAACAGCCGGCUGACUGAGACCUCCCGUGAGAGACUAGCCAAGUCCGCCUUGGGACCUUUGUUAUCCCAGUUGGAAGAGUCCGUGCAGCUGAAGGCCCUGGAUGCCAUGCUGGAGCCCCUGCGUACCAUGGCUCCCCCGCAGUUCGACGCCAGCAGCUUGCCGCAGCGCGUGGUGCAUUGGCGCCUGCUCUUCGCCGUUUUAGCCUCCGUGGAGCCGCAACGCAGCGAGCUGUCCUUGUCGUGGCUUGGAAGCCACUGGCCGUGGUUCGAGGUGGCGGUGAAGUCAUCAGAUGUGGCCUGCGAAGCGGCCACCACCUUCUUGGAGACAGUCCUGACCCGCGCACGUAGCAAGGCGGCAGCCCAGGAGGUCUUGCAACGGGCCAUGCCCGUCCUGGUUGAGGUGGUGUGUCACCGGGGCAGCGUGCCAGCCCUGACGGCCCUGAGCGCCCUGACGCGCAUCUUCAAAGGCGGCGACGCCCAAACGGCGCCACUGCUGGCAGGGCAGGUGGUGCAGAUUGCGGAGCGCUUGCUCAGCAAGCUGAGCCAAACGCAGGACCUUCCCCCGGACCUCUUCGCCGCGCUGCUGGAGCUCUUCGUCGUGGCGCUGGCGCCGCGCUCUGCGCAGCUGGCGCCGCGGCUGCUGCAGCCGCCGGCGGCGGCGCUGCGGGCGGCGCUGAACGGCGCGGCGGCGCUGCUGACGCAGGCGGUGAACCCGAGGCUCACGUGUUGGGCGCCGUGGCAACGGAGGGAGAAGGGGGCCAUGGGGGCGCCAGGGGCUUUUGCACUGCUGCUGUUGGGCCGUUUGCCCACUUGGUUGCAGAAGCCAGACACGCAGGGCCAUGUUAGGAGUUUGCUGGAUGUGACCCUCCCCUCGCUUUGCUUAGCCUUCCAUGGCUUAUUGGGACAACCUGUUGCUCUAGAUCCAGAGGUUGCCAGCACGCUGGCGGAGGUGCUAAUAUCCCUGAACAAAGCUUUGGGGACGGCCUUCACGGGACCCUUGGACCAGGCCUUCGAAGUGGAUUCGCUGCCCUUCUCCUUGGCCGCUCAGCUGGCGGAUCCGUUGCUCAGCGAGGAGUCCCUGGGCGAGUCCUUGCGCGACCUCGCUGAGCAGUUGCAGGCAGAGGAGCUGCGACAGUUGGUUGGAAAAAACAACACGGGCCAGCAUGGACUCGGAGGUCCCGGUCGCGCUUCACGCCCAUGCUACCUCGUGGUGUUCAGGUCGGAAGGCUAUGGAAAACAGCGCUUCAAGCUGUUGAAAUCUGAUAGGGUGCCACCCUUGUGUUUGGGUCUUGGCAGGCCUCAAGGGGAAUGUGUCGAUUGGAAUGAACGGAAGAUCUGCCACUUUCAGGAGCAGGAUUGGCUGCCUAGCGAAGUCGUCACCUUGGAGGUAUCCGGAUGGGCCAUGACGCGUUGGGGUUGCCGCGUGCGAACGCGCUUGGGAUGCCUGGUGGCAGGCUUCUGCUUGACUCACUGGUCUCUGUCCUUUCUUCAACCGCUUCGAGAGCAACGCUGCGCUGCGAUCGCGCUGAAGGCCCGAGGCGGAGAGUAUGAGAUUAGUGACGCGGACAUCCAGGACUUCUACGGCAAGCUGCUGACCGGUCCUGGGGGUGAACCUGCCAAGGGGACGGUUCUCUCGGAGCUGAUCGUGAAGUUCUUCCACGGGGAGUUCUUGCCUUCGGGCUUCCGACGCUACUCCGGGCAGUGGAAAGGGCCACCUCCAGGCACCAUCGGCCAGUAUGACAUCGAAGUGGGCGUGAUGUGCUUAAAGGAGCAGAUGGAGAAGCCCACUCUAAUCACCAAGGGUGGCGUGGGCUAUGGAGUGGAUGAGACCGAAAAGGUCGUUGACGAUGGAAAGGGAUGGAUUUGGCUUGCAGCCGAGAUGAGCCCAGGGGGUCUGGCCCUGGAACUCUUUAAGUCGGUGCCCUAUGGCAAGCGAGCCAUUCUGGUGGCCAAACAGAAAAAUGUGGAUGAACUCUUCAAUUCUGUGAAUUGGGAUGUAGCCUUGGGAAAUGUGGAGAAAACCUUUGCAGGGCCGCAGAUUAAGCAGCGUUAG